GGCGGCGACCGCUGUAAGCAGCGCCAAGCGGAGCCUGCGGGCGGAGCUGAAGCAGCGUUUGCGGGCCUUAAGCGCGGAGGAACGGCUGCGCCAGUCCCACCUCCUCACUCAGAAGUUUGGAGGACAGAGGAGAACAGAAAAGGAAUGGAGUUUUAAAAGGGAGUUAAGGGCCAACUUUUGAGUCUGGGUGAUUGCCCACAGUCAGUAUCAAAAUUCCAAAAGAAUUUCCAUCUUUUUGAGCAUGCAAGAUGAAAUUGACACGGAAGAGAUCAUCAAGGACAUUUUCAAACAAGGCAAAAUCUGCUUCAUCCCUCGGUACCGAUUCCAGAGCAAUCACAUGGACAUGGUGAAAUUAGCAUCACCUGAAGAGAUCUCUUCACUUCCCAAAACAUCCUGGAAUAUUCAUCAGCCUGGUGAGGGAGAUGUUCGGGAGGAGGCGUUAUCCACGGGUGGACUUGACCUCAUCUUCUUGCCAGGCCUCGGGUUUGACAGAGAUGGCAACCGGCUUGGACGGGGCAAGGGCUACUAUGACACCUACCUGAAGCGCUGUGUGCAGCAUCAGGAAGUGAAGCCCUACACCUUGGCUUUGGCUUUCAAAGAGCAGAUCUGUCCCCAGGUCCCAGUGGAUGAGCACGACAUGAAGGUAGAUGAAGUCCUUUAUGAAGACUCUCCAGCAUCUUAAGUCAGACGAUGACAGCCAUACUCACUUCCUUGGUGUGAGGAAAAUAUGUGUAUUUUCCCCUUGUCAGAAAUGAGUCAAAAUGGCACAAUAAAGUGAAUAUGGAUCGUG